AUGGCUGCGCCCGGCGCCGCCUCCUCCCGCCGGCUCCUGGCGCCGCCGCCGCUCCUCUUGCUGCUCGCCUGCGCCCUGCACGCUAAGGGCAGCAGUGAAGCAGCUGAAGGCGGCGUCGGCUGGAGUGAAGAGGUCGCCGAGUGGUGGGGUGAAUGGAACUCCUGGUCCACCUGCUCGCGCUCCUGCGGGGGCGGCGUGGCGGCCCGGGAGAGGCACUGCUUGCGGCAGCGGCUCCCCGUAUCGCAGGGAAGCAACAGCAGCGUCUGCCUGGGCCAGUCCAAGCACUACCAGCUGUGCCAGCAGCAGCCUUGCCCGGCCGACACAGCCAGCUUCAAGGAGCACCAGUGUGCCAACUUCAACGCCAAGGCCUUCGGGAAGCGCUAUUUCCACUGGGUGCCUCUCUAUCCAGAUGACGACACCAGCAUCUCAAACAAGCCCUGUGACCUGCAGUGCACCACCAGGAGCGGGGAGAGGCAGCUGAUGGCGCGAGCCCAAGAUGGCACCUCGUGCCGGGACCGGACGUACCGUGGGGUCUGCAUCGGCGGCAAGUGCGAGCCAAUAGGCUGUGAUGGCAGCCUCUAUUCUUCCCAGGUGAUGGAUCGGUGCCGCGUGUGUGGAGGAGACGGAAGCACUUGCUACCGCGUCUCGGGCAGUUUCCGAAAAGGGAUCUCACAGUUAGGGUAUGUGUUCAUCGCCAACAUCCCUGCUGGUGCCAUGGACAUCCUCAUUAUUGAGCGAAGGAAAACAGAGAACAUCCUGGCUCUUGCGGAUGAAUCUGGGCACUUCUUCUUCAAUGGGAAUUCUGCUAUCGACAAUCCACAGAACUUCAGAGUGGCUGGCACCGUGUUCAAAUACCGGCGGCCUUCAAACCUGCACUCGGACGGCCUAGAGUACAUCAUCGCUCCAGGACCUACCAACCAGUCUCUCAAUGCCAUGUAUUAUAACCUGAACGGCAAAAUGCCCCAUGUCACCUAUGACUACACGGUGCCGAGGAUGCUGUCGCCGGCUCUGCAGACGGCUUCUCCGGCCAGCCAGGUGCCCCUCUACCUUCACCUGCGGGAGCCCAGCCACGGUCGGCAGAAGGCGAUGCCCUCCGUUGCCCAAGGUCUCAACGCCACCUGGGACUCCCUGGCUCCCAAGGGUGCAGGGGAACGCUUCCUGCAGGGGAACAAGCACAGUGGCGUGGCCUUCAGUGGCCAGCAUUACUUCCUGAGCAACCUCUCUGCUCAGGACAAGGACUGGGCCUGGAAACCCGGCGCAGGGGAAGACAGGCUUGGAUUCCGAGCUCAGCAGGCCUCCCGGACGAAUGGAGCAGGGGAAGAGGAAGGCGUGCCGGUGGGCAAAGAAGCAGGCCUGGCCUUCAGGCUCAGUCAGGUGGCCAUCAGCACAGCUGUUCCUCAUGGCGCUGGGGGGCCGGAGCUUUAUAAGACCAGCAAGACUGGGCCAUCCAGACCGCAUCUUCUCCAGAAGCUGUGUCUCCGGGAUCCACAAAACGUCCCCCUUUGCAGGGAACUGCACUACCUGGCAGUCAAGCUGGGGAGGAAGAAUUCAACGAUAAGGUUCUGGGGCGUCCCACUGGUAGAGUGGCUGGAACGAUGGCACAGGCAGCCUGCCAAAAGCAACUUUCUAGGGAAUGCCAACGCUGAAGCUUACGUGGUGGGCGAAAGAGGGAAUGGCACUCUGCGGGCCACGUCUUCCGAGCCUGGUGCCACUUCCAGCCUUCAGAGCAGCUUCGAGAACAAGCCGCUCUCAGAACCUCUUCAGGCUCCUGGCACCGAAAGCAAUGACUUCGAGCUGAGCCCUCUUGGCCAUGACGACAUCAGUCUGGCUGACAUGUACCGCUGGAAAGUGUCACCCUACGCCCCCUGCAGCUCCACGUGCACCUCAGGAAUCAGCGCUUCCUACGCCAUGUGUGUCCGCUACGAUGGAGUGGAAGUGGAUGACGGGUACUGUGAUGCGCUGACCCGCCCAGAGCCCACGCAUGAGCUCUGUGCAGGCCGAGACUGCCAGCCCAGGUGGGAGACCAGCCGGUGGAGCGAAUGUUCCAGGACGUGCAGCGAAGGCUCCCAGUUCCGGACCGUGCGGUGCUGGAAGAUGCUGGCGCCCGGCUUUGACAGCUCCGUGUACGAUGACUUGUGUGAAUCAGCCGGGCUCGCCAGGCCCAUGGAGCGGAAAUCGUGCAAGAGCAAAGCUUGCGGCCCACAGUGGGAGCUGUCAGAGUGGUCCGAGUGCUCUGCCCGGUGUGGCGGUUCCGGCACGAUGAAGAGGGAGGUGCGCUGCUCGGACGAAGCCAGUCUCUGCAGUGAGUCCGCGAAGCCGGUGAGCGAGAGGGAGUGCGCAGGGGCCCCCUGCGACAGGCGCUGGACGGCCUCGGAGUGGGGACCGUGUUCAGGUCUGUGUGGCGAGGGACGGAUGAGCCGUUUCGUCACGUGCCGCAAUCUGGAGGGGAAGGUGAUCUCGGACUCCCAGUGCGACCCCAGCACCAGGCCCUUGGCGGUCCAUCCCUGCGGAGAAAGGAACUGCCCUGCGCACUGGGUGGAGCAGGACUGGGACCAGUGCAAUGCCUCAUGUGGCCGGGGGGUCAAGAUGCGGACGGUGCUGUGCGUGGGGCUGGAGAACGGCCUGUACAGGGAGUACCCUGAGCUGCAGUGCGGCGCUGCCCCGAAGCCGGACACGCAGGCAUCCUGUUUCCAGAGGCUCUGCUCCACCUGGUUUUCCACCUCCUGGUCCCAGUGCAGCAAGACGUGUGGCCCGGGCCUGCGGGUCCGCGAGGUGAAGUGCUACCACGGGGAGGCCCUGGGGCAGGGCUGCGAGGCCGCCUCCAAGCCUGAAGCCCGGCAGCUGUGCCAGCUGCACGGCUGCCCCACCGACGCCCCCGAUGAAGACUGCGAAGACAAAGCGUCCGCCAACUGUGGGCUGGUCCUCAAAGUGAAGCUUUGCUCACACUGGUACUAUAGGAAGGCUUGCUGCCGAUCUUGUAGGAAUAAAGCCACCUGA